AUGGCUCUCCCUCAUACUGUGGCCGCGGCUGUCAUCAUCUCCGACUGCAUUGACGAGAAUGCGCGCGUCAGGCAGCAAUGUAGAUUUGCAUCUCUGUUUAGUAUCGAACCGUCCUAUAUUGGAGUGAGCUCGACACACCCGGAACUAGAGGCGGCCGGUCACUUGGUUGACGUUCUUGAUGCCCAUCGCCUAAUGACACCGUCUUCGAGCGGAAAUUCGACGCCAAUCCAAUCUUCGCUGUCGAAGCUUGCAAAUGCCUCGCACAAUCAAAAAGAUGCCUCCUCCCCAUUCACUGCUGUGAUUAUUGUUAAUGUCGCGCCCAGGACGGAAUCCAUCAAAAAGCGAUGGGGAAAUGGGCCACCGUUCUGCUUUUUCGCAAUUAGCGGCGUCCUUGUUGUCAGCACGUAUUCCCAGCUUAUUUUGUCGCUAUUGUUUCGGAUUCUAAAAAGGGAAAACAAUGCCUCGCUGCCUCAAAUUCACGUCAUGAAAACGCAAGCUGUCAUUCAGCACGCUGCAAAUCAGAAUUGGAUCCCACUUGACGAGGCCAAUAGAAUUAUCAACACCCAAUUCAGGUCCUAUGAGUUUGUCCCGCUCGCUGCGUAUUGGAUAGUUACACGAGGAGGCUCCAGUGCCAUCCCACAUGACCUGGCCUCGAUUUUGGAAAAAGAAGGUCAAGACCAGUGUGAGCAGGAGCAUCAAGAAGAGGGUAAAAGAAAUAAUCAAGCAGACGAUAAGAGUCUAAACCCAUUCAUUUGGUUUAUCGACAAUUUUGGAAAUUGCAAGACUUCUCUUCUGCCAGAGGACAUUGAUUUUAUGGAAAACAGGAUUUACUCUGUCACGCUAGAAAACAACCAAUCAUUAAUCAUCAAAGCCUGCGGCAUCAAGAGGCUAUCAGAUGCUGUCCCAUUGGUGCCAACUGUUCUCGUUGGUUCAUCUGGAUAUAAGAAUUACCGGUUUUUAGAGUUGGUUAUUAAAAACGACAAUUUUUCCAACAAGACUAGAGCCUCAAUUGGCCCCUUUUCCAUUUCUUUGGAUACUUAA